AUGUACGACCAGGCCCGUGGACAGGUGCGAAAAUGGACUGGUGUCAGUUCCGAUCUUGUCAAUGUCAAUGGUCCUAUAGACAAUCGUAUCACCAUCACUAGCAGGGGUCCUGCGCCGCAAUCAAGCGUUGGUGGAUCGCGCCACACGAAAACCGAAGGCGUUAACGAGACUGUUUUGCACCAAUAG